AUGUUGUUCAAAUUGCCAACAGAAUCUUUAUUGGAUUUUUUAAAAUUUCUCGAUUAUUUUAAUUUGUCUGUUUUACAACAAGUAAAUAGCCAAUUUUUCUCUUUUAUUCAACAAUAUAGAGACGAGUUGGCGCUCAAGGAAUUUUCCCAUUUAGAAAUCAUUUCUGAAAAUGAUGUCCGCCUUUCUAAUUAUCGAAGAGCUGUGGAUAUUGUUAAUGAAGUGGAGGAUAGAUAUGGAAGUGAAAUUUAUAAUGUAGAAUUAAAUGAGGAGCAGAGAGAAAAGGUUUUUUAUUUUUUGGGGGCCUUGAUUUAUAUUGGACAGUAGAUAUCGAGAGAUUUUUGAAAAGCCUGGGCCUGUUCCUGGACUCGGGAUUUGAUUUAUUGACCUUAGUAUGAUCCUGGGCCUGUAGUACAGGAAAAACAGAGGCACAGGAAAAUUCUAGGAGGUCAAAAAAUGUCUGGGAUUGGACUCUGGCUACAGGAAAAACCUAGGCCUUGGUCCAGACCCAGCUCGAUCUUCAUUAAACAGCUCUGAGUUUUAACUUUUUAUUGGACUCCUAAAUUAGACAAGAACUGGGACUAUCGGCUCCCUAUUUUUUGAUCACCUCCGGCUACGGGCCUGAUUUUAUAGUGAAUCGACUGUCUAAUCUAAAAUACGUGUGGGACAAAAUGUCACCUUAUUUAAUUUUUACUUUUUUUCAGUUGAUUUGGGCUGCUGAAACACAAAUGCCUCUAUAUUUAUCAGAAGUAUUGCCUGAUAUGUCCCAAGCAAACGAAGUCGACAGUUUUAUAAUUUUUAUCUCAAGGAAAGAUGUCGACAACGUUCAACAGCCCCAACUUUGUUUGGAAUUGCCUUAUUACCCAGAAACUCUCUCAGAUUUUCUUUACACUCGCUUUUGGCUCUUUCAAUUAUCUCAAUGCUAUUUUGAUUCAAUAAACUUUUCUUGUGCUGUUUUUAAUCCAGCAAUUGUCCAGCUGCUUUUUUGUCAUUUUACUGAAGGAGCGGAUCUAUUAGGGCCAGCAAUUUAUUACCAUGCCGGUAAUGUUUGGUUAAAUACUG